AUGUUGUGGCUUCUGCUUCUAAUCAUUUUUGCUGCUUUGGUGUUCUGGAGGGUAAAAUUGUCCCACUGGUCUAAAAAAUGCUCCAAACAAAUCGUCCACGGUUGGUGGUUGGGUAGCAUCUGGAAAGCAAUCACAAGUAAAGAAACUUUCCCUGAAAUGAUACUAAAUGCUUACAACAUGGAACCCAAUAGCAGAUAUUCCACCUUUCACCAACUAUUACAUCCAGUUCUCCUAAUUAAAGAUCCAGACCUCAUCAAACUAAUCACAGUGAAAGACUUCGACCACUUCGUGAACCACCACUCCAUGGUUCUUCCACAAUGUGACCCAAUCUUUUCCAAAAACCUGCUACUACUGAAAAACCAAAACUGGCGCGACGUAAGAUCAAUUCUCGCCUCAGUUUUUACAACCAGCAAAAUGAAAUACAUGUUCUCCUUAAUUACCCAAAAUUGUGACAACUUUGUUAGCCAUUUUUUGCAAAAAAAUGAACCACUGGUGACUGUAGAAAUGAAAGAGAUAAUGACAAGGUUCAUGAAUGACGUGACUGCUAGUAUGACUUUUGGUAUAGAAGUAGACGCGAUGAAUAACCCUGAAGAUGAAUUUUACUUAAAAGGAAAAGAUUUGACAGAUCUUUCUGGUCUAUCCAGAGUUUUGAAGUUUCUUGGAAGUUUUAUAGCACCCAAAAUCUACAAAGUAAGUAUGUACCAAAAUGUUUCUACUUAG